AUGAUCACGAUCGCGACAACGUCCAACGCGCAUUCAAUUCUCACGGCCGGCAACGGUAACACUCCAACGCACACACAAAAGGACAUCCAACCCUGUGAAACAGGUUGCCAUGGGUACGGGAAUGGAUCGGGAUUGGGAACCCGAAUGCGAACAGGACGAUGA